AUGUUACGCAAUCCGAACCAGGGCAUCCGUGAAUUUAUCUUCGAUUUGCUCACUGAAGUUGCAAAGUGUGAUUUUGGAGACUUACUGGAUAUGCAGUUGGGAGACCGGUUGAUCGCUGGCAUUAACAAUACUGUUUUGAAAACUGAACUUCUAAAGCUAUCCAAUCCGACGUUCAAAGAUGUGCGGACACAUUGUGAACAAUAUCAGAACAUUCGCGCCGCUACAUCAUCCAUGCCGUCAACCAUCGAAUCUACAGCCAUGUUCAAUUCACUCAAAAAAUGA